GCAAGCAAAUCGCUUCUCCGUCAAAAAACGCUGAAACUUUCUUAGUCUCACCACAACUCUACACGUCGAGCUGAUAAUAAGCAAACUUAUUUUCCUGUAAAUUUAUCUACAGAUUAAUUCCCUGUAUGAUAAACCAUGAACAAAUUUUUUGCUUUAUUUUUUAUUUUGUAUCUACUUAAUAAUGUAGAAUUAAAAGAUGUUAUUGACCAGCGCAUUUCUAAAGCUAGAAUUGAGAGCUGCGGUGGAUGACGUUUGAAUCGUCUUCCUGAAGUGAAACGCUUUAUAUUUCAGGAUCUUCCAUUAUUUCAUAAUGCUGAAUUCAAACAAAUUGGAGGAGCUUCUCCUGAACUGAUCUAUUUAAAUAGAAAUGGAGAGGAAAUUGAACGUAUUCCUUUGAGUGAGAGAACUCAACUUGAAUGUCGUGAUUUAUUAUUGAAGAAAGGAUUUUAUAUGAAAAAAGCAGAAGAUGAAGAAGUUCCUGAAAAAUAUAAAGAUGCUCCUUAUGAUUCACCCCACCAAGAAUUGUAAAACUGUUUGUCAUUUAUUGAAUUUAUGAAUACUUAUUUUUAUAAUUUAUGAAUACUUAUUUUUAUUGUUCACCCCUGAUUGUAUAAUUCAUUGUUUAUCCCACAAAAUUUUUACUUUUUUAUCUUGGCACUAAAUUAGGAAAUAUAUUGGAAAUAUUAUUUCAAAGAUUAAAUAGUCUUUCUCAAAGGUACAAAAGUUUUCACGAGGACAUUAAUUUACUCACUAAAUUUUCAGUGGCAUUUUCAUCACAAUAAUUUAUGUAAACAGGUUUUGUUGUAGAAACAAGAAAUGAGAUGACAUGACAUAAAAAUAUUAUUAAUCUGUUAAUUUUCAAGUCAUUUUGGAGUUUAAUGACUCUGACUAAUUUUAUUUAAACCUACUCCUUUUAAUGAGUAAACUAAAUUAUAAUGUUACUUUAAUUCAGUUUUUAUCUAUACUGUUUAUUUAUGACAAUUUUGGUUUUAGCUGCUUUUUAGCUCUUUCCCAUGUUGACUUAUUGUUUGUAAAUUAAAUUUUGCUCUUAAUUUUUGGUUUAAUUCUAUUUUUAUACUUUCAUUGGAUUCAAUUCAGUUUCAUCAUAAUUUAAUUCUAUAAAGUUAGUCACUUUUCAAACUUCUUUUAUUUCUAUGCAUUUUGGUAGAUUUCUUUUUAUUCCCUUAAUUGUUAAGGUUUAGGUUUACACAACUGAUAAUGCAAUGCUUUAAAUCCAUCUGGUUGUGGCUAUUCUACUGAAGUUCAAAACUUCAAGGUGGAUAAUUGUGUAAUUUUUACGUUUUCUAUUAUUAAGUGAAAUCCCAACAUAAUUUUAAAAAGAAGUGUCUUUACAGCCAUAUUAAGUUGCUAUUUAAUUUAAAACUAAUAUUUUAAAAAACUUUGGGGGCUCCCAUAUUUUUUCUCUCGCAAAAUUAUUUUUUUGUCAUAAAUAGUUACGACUAAAUUAAAAGGUUUUAUUGUAUUAACACAAACUUGAUGUCACAGAUUUAGUUCUUAAUUCUAUUGUGAUAAAAUAUAAACAUAUUUAAUUUAUUUUGCUCAGUUAUGAUUUUAACUCUCUCUGUAAUUUUUUUAAAAUUCCUUUUUAAUUUUAGUUAUUUUAAAAAUUCAUAAAACUCAUUUUUGUCCAACAGAUUAUUUAGUAAUUGUCCAAAAAGUUAAUUCUUAAUAAUGUUUUACAAUUUUGUAUUCAUUAUUUUUAUUACAUAUGUUGAUAUAUAUAGGUUAACAUGGGAGAGGAGAGAAGUGGAAUCUGAAUACAUAAAAGCUUUGAACUGUUUCUAAGUGAUUAAAAUGUCCCAAGUCAGAUAUAUAUAUGUUCGAUUGCUCAAUAAGCUUAAAAAAAUAGUUUUCAAGGAGUCUAUGAAAAAUUUCCUUGUUAUUUAUGCAUUUAACAUCUGAGUUUUGUAUGUAAGCUUUUGUUAACAUUAAACUAACUAUUUUGUAAAAAAUACCCUCACUGUAAACGAGUUUGACGAUAAAAGUAUUUAUCGCGUUCUAAAAGUAUUACUGCUAACAUCAAGAUAAAAACUUUUUUUUUGACAAUAAAUUAGUGAUUUGAAUAAUCAUGAUUUGUCCUGUUAAGAGAAUUAGUAUUUAAAAAUAAUAUAAUUUUUAACUGACAUUUUUAAAUGGAAUGUAUCCCAGUGAAGUAAGAUAUGUAUCUGCUUACCUCACUGGAAUGAAAGCAUUGUCUUAAGGGGACUUGUGUAGCACUAAGGUUUUUAGGUACAAUAUUGUUUCAUUGCACCUCUGAAAUAUUUUUAUAAUGUAUCUUUUUAUGUUUUAAUGCAAUGAGAUUGCAAUGAUUAAGCAUGUUGCUGUGUAAGAAAAUAAAUGUAUGAAGGUGUUGAUUUCGAUUACUUAUGGUGUUUAUUUCAUAUCAUUGAAAUACAUGUGACAAUGUAGGUCUAAAUAUUUUAAAGGGUCUGCAUUUGAUGAGUUCUUUUAAAUGAUAUGGAUAACUCUGUAUUGGAAUUUGUAAAUCAUCCUUUUAAUAAACUAAUUUCUACAGCUAAAAUAA